CUUUAGCCUCGGAAUGGUAUCCGUCAUUGUUCGGAAAGUCGAAAUUACAAAAUUGGCCCUGUCCCCAUAGCUUGAAUCUCUCCAGCUGCGCAGCUCUUUCGAAAUACCCGAACCCUCGGCUCCAUUGCUCCAUUAUGGCAGACUCUGCGCCCAAGCUCGACGCUGAAGCGGCCAUAAAACGCAACCCUCACCCCGACUUCAAGAAAGUUGAAGCUUCGCGUCCACCCUUCGACCACUCGAACCAAUGGCACUACGUGCAAACCCCCAAGCCCACCUGGAAACCAGGAGAAGGCGCCAACAACCCGUCUGCCCAGAAGCACCGAGAAAUCGAUCCCUACGCCGAGGGCCGACCAGCUGUCCACAACUACAAGCUCCUCAUCUCUGGAAUUGUUCCACGGCCCGUAGGCUUCGUGUCGACUAUUAGCGACGACGGCAAGACUACGAACUUAGCGCCCUUCUCGUACUUCAAUUUGAUUUCGCACGAUCCGCCGCUGUUUAUUCUCGGUUUCAGCGGAGGGUAUAAUCGCCCGAAGGAUACGUUGAGUAAUCUAGUGGCGACGAAGGAGUGUGUGCUGAAUAUUAUCUCGGAGGAUUAUAUCGAGGCUGCAAAUUACUGCUCGAUCAAUGCACCUGCUGGGAUUUCAGAGUGGUCCUUUAGCGGGCUGCAUCCCGCGAAGAGCUCGGUGGUGAAGCCGGAUAGGGUUCAGGAGGCGGUGUUCAGUAUCGAGGCGAAACUGGUAGAGACAAGGGAGUGGGAAAGCAGGAUGACGCCUGGAAAGAAGACGGGAGUGCUGGGAAUUGUGGAAGGAGUGAGGUUCUGGGUCCGCGAGGAUGCGAUUGACGAGGAGGGCGUCCUGAUUGACCCUGCGGUCUUAAAGCCCAUUUCUCGUCUUGGAGGAAUCACUUUUGGGCGCACGACGGAAGCAUUCGAGCUACCCCGACCGGAUUUUGAUGCAGCGACGAAGGAUCCGGAGGUUGCGAAGCUAGCGAAACCAAAGGUGGAUGGGCAGCUACAGUAGCAUGUUCCUCUAACUCCUUCUCAUCGGUGCCGCUCUGACUCUUGAAGUUCGCGCGAGCGACUAUAGACGAAGCAUUUCGAAAUAGACAUAUAG